AUGUCGCGCUUUGGAGCGAAGAAGGGCAAUCGCGCUCCUGGCGCCGAAUUCACUUGGGAUGCUGACCCCGGCGGCGUGCCCGACACAGCGCCUACUCCCUUAUAUCCCGCAUAUGUUGUCCCGCUUGCGCGAAAGCUAUCCCCAACAGAGCAAAGUGCGGUCAACCACUACCGGCACCUCCGCGAACGGUUCCAUGAAGGACCCUACUACUCUGUCCUUGAUACUUCUUCUUCCUCGGCUAAGAAGGGCAGUGUGGCACGCGCCAACUUUGAUCCUUUCCAUGGCAUGCCCUCUUAUUCCGGACGCUACCAAAAGAAGAGAAGAACACUGCCGAAGGUCGCCAACAUUGGUCGGGAAUAUGAAACGCGAUUCUUUCCCCGCGAACUCUGGCAGAUCAUCAUGCCCAACUUCCGUCCCAAUGCGUCGAUCGACGGCUACCCCACCCAGAUGGCGACGACUGGAAUGAAACGUGGAUUUGAAGACGACGAGGAUGAAGAGGAUGAGGCCGCAAAGCGACGCGCCACUGGCGGAGAUGAAGAGGAAGGCGAGGCGGAUGUCGACGAAGGCGAAUUGCUCGACGGAGAUGAAGAUCCAGAGGAGGAGAUCGUGGAUGACGAUUUCGAAGAUGACGAGGACGAAUUGGGUGGUGAUUACAAUGCCGAACAAUACUUUGACGGUGGUGACGAUGAAUUCGGCGACGAUGGCUUUGCCGACGGUGGGGGCGGCGGCGACGAGGAUACCUACUGA